AUGAACCCAGACACGCCUCCGGUCGAAUCGUAUCAUCAUGUCCAAUACGUCAAUCCCGUACAUAUCUGGUCGCUUCCUCAGACUCCGUUACUCCCUCAGAGCCUGUCGCUGCCUCGCCUCCAGCCACGCCCUCAAGUCCUCAUCGAUCAGACUGUGAAGAUGGGCGAAGGAUCAUCAAACAGUCCUCAUUGUCUCGACGACAUGCUGGCUCUCCCGCAUUCUCGGAAUGCUCAACCCUCAACGACAGAUGUGAAAGCAACGCCGGCGUCCGUACCACCUUCUCCCGCCUUCGACUUCAGUUUCAGUCUUUGCCCCUUCUCGGUCCCAUCGCGGCCACAGCCAGACUUCGACUGGGAAGCAGUUUCCAUUGUACACGGGCCUCCAUCUUCCACACAGGAAGCUUCCGUCUCGUCCACAGAUGGCGACACAGCUCCCGCCUCCGCUCAGCACGCCUUCACGAAUCGAGGAACCGCCACCUCGACAUCGCUUUAUCCGCCGCAGGAGCUGAGCAAGCCCAUGGAAUCCGGGUGUAUGGGUCGGGGCACGGCGUCGAGGAAGAGGAAGCGCGACUAG